GGAAAAAUCCCCUUCAGGGUGGAGGCGGCUGCAGCGGCUGGAACCUCAUCUCCGUUCUUCUCGCGAUGCAGCUCGGCUGUGGAUCCCGGGCGUGUGCUGGCCGUCUGAUGGUCCGGAUAGGGAUGGGCUCGCGGAGGGUUCGGAGGGGCUCCUCUGCGCCGUGAGUUGCUCGCCGCCUUUCUUCCCUUUUUCUACCGAGUCUUGGCUUGGAUUCCAGAGAUAAGAUCACAGUGGGCAUCUCACACCUUGGGUUUUCCCCUCUUUUCCUCUCUGUGAUUUGAGCUUCGGGGUUGAGAGCUUGGACUCCAACCGAGGCUUUGGCCUAAGCUCUUGCAGCACUGGAGGUAUCUUGUUGGUGCUCGGAGCUGCGCUGCCAAGGUUCGCCCGCACUGCAGAGGUGGUGCGGUUGAGGUAUUGUAUCUCCGUCUUCCCUCCAUCCGACGGCAAAGUCGGUUGAUUGGAUUUCUGGGACUGCAGCGUUCGUGCUGUGCCUUGCCUCACUCUCCAGCCUUUCCAGCAUAUUCACUGUGAGUUCUCUAUUUCACUGAUCUGAACUGAUAGAUGCAUGAUACAAUUGCUCUGUGAUGACGAAUUUCAUUGAAAUUGAGUUAGAAUGUUGAGUACAAUAGAUACAACCUUGAUUCUCUGUCUGCAAUUUGUAUGAGCAGUGAUAUGAUCCUUCAAUUUUGAUUAGAAGGAGUCUGAUCUCCUGUGUGCUGAUUUUGCUUGAGUUAUCUGUCACUGCUUGUUAAUUUGCACUCCUGGACCUGAGUAGCAAGUAUUUCUGAAUUCAGCACAUUGUGGAGAUUGCUCAGCACUCAGCAGCUUGGAAUAGAUUCUAGAUUACUUUCUGUCCCUUGUGCAGAAAGGUUUUAAAGUUUUGUUUAUUAGUUCUGAGAAGGCUAGAUGCUGGCUAUGUGUUGAAUUCUGAUUUUCAAUAAAGAGCUCGUUGCUGGGUAUGUGCUGAAUUCUGAUUUUCAGUAAAGAUAUACUUGCUGUUAUAGCCAGGAAUUUGUGGAAUACAGAGAAUUGUAAAUUAAGGUUGUCAUCUAGGUGUGAUCUCAUGUUCUAGCUUAAUUAGUGAUAUGAUUUAGUGGUCAGCUUGGGAGUAGAUCUUUAUUGAUCUGGAGCCAGCUGAUUUGAUCAGUCUGAGAGCCAUAUGAAUAUGUCAUCUAGAUCAAUUCAGAUUUUAUUUAUGGUUUACCUUCUCAGUGCUCAUGGUAUAAAAGACAUGUAUUUCAAUUUCUUGUCUUUGUUAUUUUUGAUCUACUGUUUUUAUUAUCUUCUUAGAGGAAUAUGUAUAUAUAUGCUAUUUAUAUCGCACAUAUUUCAACAGUUAGAUGCCUUGCUUUAGAAUUAGCUAGUUUUGAAUUCAAAUAUGAAACCAUUUGCAUUGCCUUGUAAAUUUGCAAGAGUACAAAAAAGAGGACUAAGAAGAUGACAUUCCUCCCCCCUUGAAACUCGGUUUGCCCCCAAGCUGAUGAAGCAAAAUACUUAGUGCAAUAUUGACCAACCAUAAUGAGAAUCCAAUAGUCAUGAGUGGUGUCGCUUUGAUAAUCAAGCCAGCAUGGACACUUGAAGGUGUAGUUUUGGUGGGCAUCCACCUUUACUUGAAAGCUGAUUAGUCUUUUGACUGUGAACUUUCUUCCCAUGACUAGAAGCCAAGUGGUUGUUGACCAAGGACUUUGUAUAAGCCAUUUCAUUGAUAACAGUACUGGCUGCUCAUGUCCAAAAGAAUUCCAAUUGUCUGCCAGGAAAGAACAUAAAUACUGAUUUGCAUGCAUAUUCAAGUGCAGACUUUUCAUGACUCUUAGUGUGAGGGAAUAUAAUUCUAUCGUGGCAACCGGAAUCUGGAAUUGAUGCUCUUGAGUAGUUAUGAUCACUUAGAAAGCCUUGUAAUUAUGCAUGCAUUGCCAAAUGAUCAUGUUUCCCAUAGAAUUAUCCUGGCAUUGCGCAACUGCAUUUGUCCAAUCAUACGCAACAACACUAGAAACAACUGAAAUCACACGAUGUUUCUUGGCCAAGGUGUUUAUACUGCAGCUAAUACAAAACAAUAUCUCAAGAUGUGACUCUGGUGCUGCAUACCACUCUAGACAUGCAGUUGGCUUGAUACCGAAGCAUCCCAAUAGAAAAGGAGCUUGGUCUAGUGCUGCGCAGCUUGUUGGCGCUUUAGCCUGAAGUCGGGGACCAGGGCAUCACCCCUAGAAUUGAUAAAUGCUCCCUGCAUUUCAUCCAACACUUGGUGCGCAUGGCUGCCAUGAUAUAUGUCGAAGAUUAGUUCCUGACAAUGUGUCCGUAAAUUGACUAGAUACCUUCGAGUGCAGGGAUUAAUCACGAGAUGAGACAAUCGAUGUAUACAGGUUCAGGCCUCUGAUUGGAGUAAUACCUUACGUCCUGUGUGGGUGUUGCUACCAUAUAUUGAUGAUCUCGAGUAUAAGCAAUGUGGCUAAAACUAUUAUAGAGAGUAUAUCAGAUCCAAUCUAAUCUAAAGCUAAAGUCUCCGAAUAUCUUAACUGCUAGGGUCUUGAUGCUUGCCUCGAGUUCCUCCUCUUCCCCCACCCUUUUUGCCUUAUAUAUGGGUGAGGUACCGUCUCCUAUCUAGCCAUGAUCGAUAGAGAGUUAUCUUCCUUGAUUGUUCAGGUAGAUAAAUCUGUUUUGAGUACUAAUCAUAUCGAGUUAGGUAACCAAUCGAAACAUUCAUGAUAUGUACUUCCUUGAUUCUGGGUGUAUUAGGUACCGCUGAUUCGGUUCUGUGAUAUCUAAAGCUUCUUAAUAUGUAUUGUACAUACCCUAUCUUUAUAUGAUAUAUUUCUUAUGCGCAUGUACCUCAUAGUUAGAUAUCCGAUAGUAGCCCCUAACUCUACUCAGGAGGAAAGGUUUUCAUAAGCGCCCACUCGAAUACCACCAAGUUUAAGCUUGGUCGAGUAAAGUGGAUCAGGCUCAUAGUCGAAAGAAUUGAAUAUCGACGGGUCCUUCCACGAGUAUCAAGUGGAAGCUCAGUCGGGUCGAGCCCCCUGCGGCUAACCGCACUUGGGACUUGAAGAAAGAGACUAAAGAACUCAACUGAUCGACACUCGACUCUGAGUAGAGUUAAAAAAACCUUUCAAAAUUUGGAACGAUGGGUGUAGGCGCAUUUAAUGUGGGUAAAAGGGUGUGCAAAGAUUCACACAUCGUCAUCAUAUCGCUUUUCAUGCCAGCCGAAGAGUGGUAAAAAUGGGCGUGGUUGUCAAAGAGACGGUAAACUUUUGACUAUUUACCUGUAUGACCUGGACUUGUAGUGGCCAUUCCUCGUCAUUGCCACUAGUCAUCAUGCACAAGCCUUUUAGCUUUCUUCGCCCCAGCACGCACUAUCGCUAGAAAGAACUUUUACAUCCAUGGAUCCCAACUCUUCCUCAGAGAUCUCGACUUCCUCCUCCCCGAAGAAGCAGUCAGAUGCAGCAGCUGCUGGCACCUCGCCCGAUCAGUACGAUGAGGCGAGAUUUAUGAUUGAGGCCUGGAUACCCUCGGCAAUGCAAGAAUCUCGGCUGGCGGAACUUGAAGCGGAAGGAGUGGUGUCGCCGUGCAGCCUAGUUGAAUGGAGACGGUAUUCGGUGAGAGAUUCCCUUCCUGCAAGAUUGAGCAUGAGUUUGUAGUUUUCGAGUCCUUCUUCCGUUGUGGUUUUAACAUUCCUCCUUCCAAGUUUCUCCUCAGUGUACUCAAUCGAUAUCAAAUUGAAUUUCACCAUCUGAACCCCAACUCUGUCACCAUGUUGAUUGUUUUUGAUCAUCUUUGUGAGGCUUUCCUUGGUAUUGAGCCAACUGAAAAGGAUUAUUGAGAAUAAAUGUGUAGGGGGGUGUGGUUUCCAAUUAAGGAGUGGAAUGAAGAACUCCUAUAUCUUGGUUCCCUUAACCUCUUCUUGGUCGAAAGAUUGGAAAGAACUUUGGUUUUACAUCUCCAAUCCUGACUCGAUUGGUUUUGUUUUAGUGUAUAGAGGUCUUUUUCCCGUCCAAAAUCCAUCUUGGACACAAGAGCACCGACAGUCGGACCACACCACCCAUUUCGCCAACAGGAUUGGCAUGUUGAGGCAAUUUGGCCUAACUGGGUGGCAUGUGGCCAGAGACUUUAUUAAUAAGAGAUUAAGUCCUUUGAAGGCGCGAACACGCCUGUCUUGAAAAUACAGUGGGGAUCAUGAUGCUUCCAUGGAUGCAGCCAGAUCUCUGCCUAUUCAGGAUGUCACUGCCCGGUUGAACAAGCUUUUCUCUUUCAGCGCACCAGAGUGUGACAUUAUGCCUUACUCCCUUGAGAAUCCUCGACCAGAUUCUUCCACCAAGGACACAUCCUUUCGAGCGAGGUCUUUGAUCCCGAUGGCACUUCUUUCGCUGAUGUUGCCGAUAAGGGGAAGGGAUCAACCAAUGAGGCGGCUGAGGGGUCUCUUCGAUCAAAGAGAUCAUCCCCCUCUCAAGCGCAAGCGAAGGAGUCCUCGAGUGUUGAAGGAACGGCCAGCGUAUCUACCCAAUUGCCUCCUCGAGCAACUACCACUCUCGAUGACCCAGCCAAAAAGCUUUUUAGGGGACGUCUGGAGCAUCCUUGCAAUCGCCACUCAAGGGACCAUCAUCCGUGAUGGCUCGACUAGAGAGGUUACUGAUGUCUUGGCUUUGCCUGAUCCACGUGUAACUCCUCCAGUGGCUCUGCUUGCCAAACCAAGAACAAAGAAGAUGACCACAAAAAGGCCAAAGUCAAGCAUCAUCUCGCACUUUCCAAUUUCAAAGAGACUAUCGACCGAGGCGCAAACCAAGGCUACCAGUGUCUCCACUAGUCAUCCGUGGCUAACUCCUCAGGUUGACUCGGCCUCGGAUCCAACUUCUCAGAUUAAAGAUCCUACUUCGAGCAUGCCCAAAGAAGACCUGCAACUCAAGGGAAAAGAAACCUCAAUAUCAAUUCCAACCAAUGACACAUGGGUAGCAAUAAAGGUCUUCUCCAAGUCACAAGUGCCCAGGUAGCUGCCGCCAAGGCCAACCACCACAAAAAGCUCGAAGCCAAGAGGGAGAUAAUUAAACGCAAGUCUGUCCCUGAUCACAAGUGUGUGAUUUGAUUAUUGGGUGACUAACAAAAAUUACUUUCUGGUUUACUUUUUCAGGCCUUGGGUCCUCCUGUAGCAACAAGAAAAAACUUAUUGCUGACGCAAUGAAGAAGAUUUACGAUGAUGUUAAGUAUCGGGAGAGACUCAGGAACCAGGUGAACACCGCGCGAGAUGAAAAGAAAGCCAUGAUGACUAAAUGGGAUGCCGCCAUUGCCCACAUGGGAUGCUGUUGUCCUAGCUCAUCCAGAGCUGAAGGAGCAGACACUCGACCACAUCACCCAAUCAGCUUCUGCAAGCGCCGCUACAUUGCUUGGUAUACUCAAGAGUUACAAUCCUACGCUCGAUACCUCGUUGGUGAUAGUCGGGUUUAAUUGUACUAGCGAGGAGGCCGCAAAACUUGUCGAAAGUGUCCAGCCGGUGGUUUCAGCCUUUGUUAAGUCUCUAAGGCUUAGUUUGCCUAGUGAUGAUAGUGAGGAGAGUCCCUCAGACUGAUGGUCCAUCCUGUUCUGGCACUUGUAAAAAUAUAUUUUAUGAUCUGAGAAUGCCCGUAUCAAUGCUACACUUUGCCAGUCUAUUAUGCUUUUGUCUACUAUUUUCUUGUCGAUGAAAUAGGAUUAGCAUAAGUAGAUGCAAUAACUGAUAGAUACAUGUUGUCAUCAUUAUCAAGACCA